AUGGCCAAUUUUGGCAAAAGAGAAAAGUUGAGUCCACGGUAUGUAGGACCUUAUGAGAUCAUCGAAAGAGUUGGCCUAGUAGCUUAUCGGUUAAGCUUACCCAUGGAACUUCGAGGAAUACAUGAUGUGUUCCAUGUGUCUUCCUUAAAGAAAAGCUUUGGAGAUCAGGGACCGAUUGUGGUUGAUCCGAGUCAUAUUCAGCUUCAACCAAACAUGUCCUAUGAAGAAUGGCCAGUGCAAAUCAUUGAAAUCAUUGAUUGGAAAGAUCAUGAGUUGAGAAAUCGAAAGAUACCCCUGGUUAAGGUACUUUCAAACAUGGAAGCUACUUGGGAAAGAGAAGACUCGAUGAGGGCUAGAAACCCUCAUAUGUUUGUAUCUUAG